GCAAGGUGGGGCUGCAUAAAAGUUAAUGGUAGGCACAAAAAUCCCAAAGUAAACGCCUUGUAUGGGUGCGAGGUUGAGAUUUAACAAUACUACCAAUAGUGGUAAGUUCCGUGGGGGAAUUAGACUUAUGAAUUGCUUAUAUUUCAGUCAAUGGGGACAUGAAUAAAGAAGAGACUCCAUCUGGGCUCUAGCCUGCAGGAUCCAUAAUGCUAUGGUCUGUGCUACUUUCCACGAAAGAGGUGACUUCUUCACAUGACGUUAUCUCCACAUAAGAUUCAGUGAACUGGCAGUCUUUCUUGAUAAGUGGUCUCCAUGACUGCCAGCCACUGUGCAAGUUGAAAAUUGUGAGAUUGUGGAGGACCAAUCAUUGUCAGCUGGAAUGUUGAGCACCGCACUAUCCGUGAUUUCAAUUUCAACACAAAUCUUAACAAGGAUCAUUACGGUACGUCUUCACAGUUUUUGCUCAAACUCAUUGCAGAAGAAAAGAAGAAGUGCUCUGCUCUUGUGGGCGUCUUGUUUUCAUUGAAUUCAAUAGCUUGGAAAGGUGGAUGGGGUUUGACGUUGUUAAUUUUGAUCUCUGUAGUAGCAUUUCAGUUCAUUGCAUGGUGUGUUGGGAUCUCUAGUGCCUAGUCUGGCAUGUUUUGUAGGACAUUCUCUAAACAUUUUUUACAAGCCUCAAAUACGUUUGAUUAACUCAUGGUUCAUUGCAUCUUCCAGUACAUGUCUGAGCUUUUUCAUGACGUUUCUGGAUGUGGGUCUUUGUGGUUUCACAGCAUUUUAAAAGCAGUUUUGUAAACAUGAAGGAUGUUUGGUUAGUUUAUGAUUUGUUUGCACACCUGGCAUCCUGUAAUUGCUUUUCAAUUGCGAUAAUUUAAUAUGCUAUUCGCUAGCUCUUUCUGCUGGACUUUAUGACAGAAGGGCAGGGUUGACACACUAUGAGGGGUUCACCUGUACUUAAUUUAUGAUUCACUAUCAUGUUUAAGUGUACGUUUCAUAGCUUUGAUGGUAUUUCUGGAUGUGGGUUUUCAUGGCAUUUUGUAAUUGCUUCAAAUUUUGAUGGUUAUGAUGAUGAUGCACUAGCUUUUCCUACUGGACUUUAUAGGACAAGUGCAGGGCAGGGAAGGGCAGAGUAGAGCUGACACCAAAUGAGGGUGUGGUCUAUGUAAUCAGAUGGCAAACAGCAUGUGGGCAUUUCAGAAUGCUCGGAGUUUUGCCUUGGAGAUACUUGUGGUUGCUAUUUUGGUGGUACGUCUUCAUGGCCUUAACCAAGAAGGAAAAUGCCUUCUUGAGAUGAAACAAAGUCUAAAUGACACAUUUGGUCGUAUGAAAAGUUGGGUUCCCACAGAUUUCGAUCCCUGUCAUUGGGAAGGUGUGAGCUGCGUGAACAGCAUUGGUGGCCCUAGAGUACGGUCACUUAAUCUCAGUGGUAUGAAUUUAACAGGUACCAUAUCAGCGGGUGUUUCAAAUUUGACUUUUUUGAGGGUUCUGAAUGUUUCUAAGAAUAAGUUAUCAGGCGAGAUACCGCCUGAGCUUGGAAUGCUGACGCAAUUGGAGAUUCUUGAUCUGAGCACCAAUAGGAUGGAAAGUGAAAUCCCUCUACAAUUAGGACAGUUGUCAUCUUUGAGAAAACUUUAUUUAUUUGAGAAUUAUGUUAGGGGAAAUCUGCCUCAGGAGCUUGGCAAUCUAUCCUCUCUUGUGGAACUUGUUAUCUAUACCAAUAAUCUUACUGGUCCAUUACCUCCCUCGUUAAAAAAUCUGAAGAACUUGCAGAUCAUCCGAGCUGGGCAAAAUAUGUUGUCAGGGCCCAUUCCCCCAGAAAUUAGUGAGUGUGAUAGCUUGCAGGUCCUUGGAUUGGCACAAAACCAAUUUCAAGGGGAAAUUCCUAAGGAGUUGGGAAAACUUAAGAAUUUAACAAAUUUAGUACUUUGGGAAAAUAAAUUUUCAGGUUUUAUUCCCAAAGAGCUUGGAAAUUGCAGCAAAUUAGAAAUGAUUGCUUUGUAUGAAAACAAUUUAGUUGGGGGGAUUCCAGUCGAGCUUGGGAAUUUGAAAACUCUGAGAAAGCUAUAUGUUUAUAGGAAUAAUUUGAAUGGUACAAUUCCAUGGCAGCUAAGCAAUUGUACAUCUGCACUUGAGAUUGAUUUUUCUGAAAACAUGUUAUGGGGAUUCAUUCCUAAAGAGCUCGGCCACAUAAAAGGCUUGCACCUGCUUUAUCUGUUUCAGAACAAACUUAAUGGAACCAUUCCUCGAGAACUGGGACUGUUAAGGAAUAUAUGGAAGUUGGAUCUUUCCAUAAAUCAACUCAGUGGCAGCAUCCCAAUUGAAUUUCAAUUUCUGACCUGUCUGGAACACCUACAACUUUUUGACAAUACAUUAAGUGGCACAAUUCCUCCAGAAAUUGGAGUUCACAGUAAUCUUACAAUACUUGAUGUGUCAGAGAACAGUCUAAGUGGGAGCAUACCGAGUCAUGUUUGCAAAUCAGAGAAACUGACAUUAUUAAACCUCUGGUCCAAUCAAUUAGUGGGGAAUAUUCCUUAUGGAGUGAAGACAUGCAAAUCUCUGGUACAGCUGCGGCUGGGAAACAACAAGCUGACUGGUAGCCUACCCAUUGAGCUCUGCCAGCUUAUAAAUUUGACUGCUAUCGAAGUAUAUCAGAAUCAGUUCAGUGGAACAAUUCCACCAGAGAUAGGGAACUGCAAAACUUUGGAAAGGCUUCUUUUGUCUAAUAACUAUCUGGUGGGUCACCUUCCUCCUGAGCUUGGGAAUCUUUCACAGCUAGUGAGUUUCAAUGUCUCAUCAAAUAAGCUUACUGGAAACAUUCCUCUGCAGCUUGCCAAUUGUACAAAGCUACAACGGCUUGAUUUGAGCAGAAAUGCUUUUACUGGCAGUGUUCCAAAAGAGCUCGGCAAUCUUAUUCUUUUGGAGUUGCUCAUGCUUUCAGAUAACAAACUAUCGGGAAGGAUACCUGGCAUUCUUGGAAGGCUUUCUCAUUUGACAGAACUGCAGAUGGGUGGAAAUUACUUUUCAGGCCCUGUGCCACCAGAGCUCGGUCAACUUACAGGUUUGCAGAUUGCUUUAAAUCUGAGUUGGAAUAGGCUGUCAGGGCAGAUUCCAGCUGAACUAGGCAACCUAAGUUUGUUAGAAUCUAUUUAUCUCAACAAUAAUCAAUUUGUUGACCAACUUCCUCCUUCAUUUGCAAAGCUCUCAAGUUUAAUAGUAUGCAAUGUUUCAUACAAUAACCUUACUGGGCCAUUGCCUAAUAUAACUAUAUUUCACAAAAUGCCUGUUAGCUGUUUCAUUGAAAAUCAAGGGCUCUGUGGAGCACCUCUUUUGGAUGUAUGUCAGCCCUUUUAUUCAUGGCCAUCUGUCUUGCCUCCUGAAGCAACUAAAACAUCAAUGGGCCAAAUUGUGGCCAUAAUUGCUGCAGUAGUAGGAGGAAUUUCACUGGCUAUUAUUGUUGGCAUUUUUUGCUUUUUUAGGCGGCCAGUGCGUGUGCUUGUCCCAUUUGAAGACCAGCAUCCUGUUACUUCGGAUGUUAAUUUUUUCCCAAAAGAGGGCUUUACAUACCAGGAUCUAGUAAAAGCCACGGAUAAUUUCUCUGAGGAUGUUGUGAUUGGGAGAGGAGCAUGUGGAACAGUAUAUAAAGCAAUGAUGCCUUCUGGAGAAUUGAUUGCUGUCAAAAAGUUAGCUUCACAAAGAGAAGGAAGCAAUGUAGAAAACAGCUUCAAUGCCGAGAUCUCUACUCUUGGUAAAAUCAGACACCGCAAUAUUGUAAAGUUAUAUGGUUUUUGCUAUCAUCAGGAAUCAAAUCUUCUUUUGUAUGAGUAUAUGCCAAAAGGAAGCUUAGGUGAACUGCUUCAUGGAAAGUCAUCUGUAUUGGAUUGGGAAACUCGCUACAAAAUUGCUCUGGGAGCAGCAGAGGGGCUAUCCUAUUUACAUCACGACUGCAAACCACACAUUAUUCAUCGAGAUAUAAAGUCCAAUAACAUUCUACUUGACGAUAACUUUGAAGCUCAUGUGGGAGAUUUUGGACUUGCCAAGAUGAUUGAUGUGCCAUAUUCAAAGUCCAUGUCUGCUGUUGCAGGUUCAUAUGGCUACAUUGCUCCUGAAUAUGCAUAUACAAUGAAAGUCACAGAAAAAUGUGACAUCUACAGUUUUGGAGUUGUUUUAUUGGAGCUGCUUACUGGUCGCCCCCCAGUACAACCGCUUGAUCAAGGAGGAGACCUUGUUACCUGGGUGAAAAACUCAAUUCAGAAAACAACACUGACAUCUGGAGUGCUUGAUGAUCGAUUAGAUCUGAGCAAAAGAAGGUUGGUUGAGAACAUGGUUCUGGUUUUUAAAAUUGCUUUGUUCUGUACCAGCAUGUCACCUUCCGAUAGGCCAACAAUGCGAGAAGUGGUGUCGAUGUUGGUUGAGGCCAAGGAUAAAUCAAUGACAGUGCCUUCUUCACCAACAUCAGAAACACCACUAAAAGAAGAUAGUGAAUAAAGAGAUAGGGAGUGUGUGGAGGGGAGAGGCAGAGUAAACCGGUCACAUGACGAUAAUGUCCCAGAUGGGUAGAAAACCUUGCGGGAGCCGUAUGUAGACUGUGUCAUGUGCCCUUGGCACAAUAAAUCUACCAUCUUGUAAGAUAGAGGAGAAUAAGGAAGAGGAGACCCAUGCAAUACAACAAGAUUAACAACUAUUCACCAUGUUUGAUAAUAUUUUAACAUUUCAUUAUGGGUGUUCUAUAUGGAUGUUUAUGAGAAUGCUCAAUGUUGUCAUGUUUUCAGCAUGUAUGCUUCAAGUACUCUUUUCUUAUAUAUUACAUAUAUUCAUGUGU